AACAAUGUUUUGAUCGUUGUCGUCAGUUUUUCUUUAAUUUCAGCCGUUGUUCAGACAGAGCCUGUCAUGGACUCCUGGUAUGUUGCUGCUGUGUAUGAGCACAACUUAAUCCUUAACCCUGAGCCUGAUGUCCCCCUGUCCCGCCCUGAAGCCCUGCAGCACAUGCAGAAAAACCUGGAUAUCUACGAGGAGCAGGCUGCCCAGGCUGCUCAGCAGGGUGCCCAGAUCCUGGUGUUUCCAGAAGAUGGUCUUCAUGGUUUUAACUUCAGCCGUUCUUCCAUCUCCGGCUACCUAGAAACCAUUCCUGACCCCCAGCAGGAGAGCUGGAAUCCCUGCACAGAGCCAGACAAAUACAACAACACUGAGGUUCUCCAGCAGCUGAGCUGUAUGGCCCGUCGUAACAACCUCUACCUGGUGGCCAACAUGGCUGACCUGCAGCCCUGCCCCCUGAAGACUGACCCCUCCUCCUCCUGUCCCUCUGAUGGACGCUGGCAGUUCAACACCAACGUGGUUUUCAGGUCAGAUGGUCUGCUGGUGGCUCGCUACCAUAAACACAACCUCUACUUUGAGCAGUCCUUUGACACGCCGCCGCAACCUGAGAUCAUAACGUUUGAUACACCUUUUGCUGGAAGGUUUGGCCUCAUGAUCUGCUUUGACAUCCUGUUCCACAAGCCCACAAUUGCCCUCGUGGAGAAGGGUGUGCGUCAGCUGAUCUUCCCCACAGCCUGGAUGAACCUGCUCCCCUUACUUGAUUCAGUCCAGUUCCAGCAGGCAUUCAGCUUAGGUGCCAAUGUCACCCUACUAGCGGCCAACCUUCGUAAAGACCAAUAUAACAUGAGAGGAAGUGGUAUCUACACCCCUUUUUCUGCCACCUACCACCACGCCCAGAAAGGAGACCCAGAGGAGGGCAGGCUGCUGGUGGCCAGGGUGCCAGUCUUAGACCCACUGUGGGUGGGGCAGAGUGUAACCACAGAGGAGGGGUUAGUUAGGAGUGAGUCCACAUCAUCUACAGCUACAGACUCUGGAGUCUGUCACCAAGAGAGCUGUUCUGAUUCUCCCCCUCCUGAAACUGCUUCAUUAGUUCCUCCCUCCUCUGCCACCUUCAUCUCAUCCAUAGAUCACGACCCAUUUACAUUUGUCCUCUUAAACGAGACAGAGGGCAAAGUGAAUGUGUGUAAUGGCACCUUUUGCUGUCACCUGCAGUACCGGCGGUUACCACAGGGUGACAGUAAAGAGCUCUACGCAUUGGGGGCAUUUGCUGGAACACACACUAUGGAUGGGCGCUAUGCCCUGCAGGUGUGUGCACUAGUCCGCUGUGCAGGGUUGGAUGCCAGUUCCUGUGGACAGGAAGUGGAAGAGGCUGAGUCUAAAAUGGACUUCCUGUUGGAGGGGAAGUUUGGGACCAGAUAUGUGUACCCAUCAGUUUUGGCUAGCAAGAUGGUCCUGGAGCAGCCAGAACAUCUGGAAACAGCUGCAGAUGGCAGAGUGACCAUGAAACACUCAAACAUGACUGGUGGCCUGGUCACUGCCUGUCUGUAUGGACGAAUGUAUCACCUGGACAAAGAAUGAACUGCUUUGAAAUAGAAAA